GAUUUCUUUAAACCCGAUCGAAACCCUAAAAGUUCUCUUCUCUCGUGGUACAUCUCCGACGAGCAACGACGGCGAUUUCUCCCCUAGCCUCGACGACACCGAAGCAUCAGAAGCAUCAACGACAAGCAUCCUCUACUGCCUGAGGGAGCAUAGCAGAAAGGAUUUGGUGGGUUUCAGGUUCCACAAUGGCAAAGAGACUGCUUGGUUCCCAGCUUUUUGUGAGCAGAUUGUCGUUUUACACUACACAUAAGGACUUGAAGAGGUUGUUUUCCCCAUUCGGUGAAAUCACUGAAGCUAGACUUGUUACCGAUCCAAGAACUCAGAGGCCUAAGGGGUUUGGUUUUGUUACAUUUGAAUCAGAUGUUGAUGCCCAGAAUGCGUUGAAAGCUAUGAAUGGGAAGAUCGUGGAUGGUAGAUUGAUUUUUGUUGAAGUUGCCAAGACAGAAAGAAACAUCAGAGGAGGAUGACACCAUUCCCAAGUGUAAACAUCAUUUUCUUGAUACGUGGUUUCAGUUGCUUUUAAUGACUACAAAGCGCAGGUUCAUUUUGGAUAAUGAAUAUUAUUCAUCAUUAAUAUUAAAUCACAUUAUU